AUGGAAACGCCUGACGAAUGCCCGACGAAGAAAAAGAAGCGCAGUGCAGUGUGGAAGUACUUCGAAGAAUCUGCGACAGGCGGGAAGUGCAAGACCUGUGGCGCGUCCCUUCAGACGCCAACGGGGACGACGGCUCUUGCUAAUCACUUGAGACGACACGUGUUGGUCUUCAAGGAAUAUCAAAAUGAGUGUCAGCAGCUGAAAGACGGUACGCAACGCAAGAUAACAGACACGAUGAAAAGGCAGGACACCAUAUCCUCACGAAGGAAGGAGGCUCUUGACGCGAAGGUGGCAAGAAUGAUUGCCGUCGAUCUUCAGCCGUUCUCUAUUGUAAACGAUCGUGGUUUUCGGGAGCUGAUGACAGAGGCUGUCCCGGGCUACACACCACCAUCAAGAACGUCUCUUUCACGGACGAUCAUACCUAAGUUAUAUGACGACACGAGAAGGAAGGUGCAAGAAGAACUUCGCGCAGCCUUUGAAAACGGUAUGGAAAGUAUAUCAUUCACAUCGGACAUGUGGACUUCAUGUGCUAACGAAGCCUACAUAAGCCUGACUUGCCACUUUUUGGACUCAGCGUAUUGCUUGAAGCACUAUCACCUAAAUACAUCGUAUGUCUCGGGAAGGCACACCGCCGCUAAGAUCGCGUCAGCCCUAGAGGAACUGGUAGCGGAGUGGAGUAUAGACACUCAUGCGUGCCCUGUGUAUAUCGUCACCGAUAACGCCCGUAACAUGAAGGCAGCCAUCAGAGAACUAGGUUGGUGUGAAAGGUCGUGUAUGGCGCAUACACUGCAGUUAGUCAUAAGUGAUGCAAAGGACUGCACACGCGGCAUUCAAGAACUCUGUAAGAAGGCGAGGGCAGUAGUGGGACACUAUAAGCACAGCACUCAAGCUCAGGGAUGA